AUGAGACACCUCGUAGAGCACCUCCCACGUAUAGGCACCGUUACUAUCAUAGUUGAAGGCAGCGGGCUGUAUAGGGUGCAAAGUUUGAAAUCCCAAACGGUUGAAAUAGUCGACGAAAAUGAGUCAUCUUUCAAAUUAACGCUACCUCAUCGCAUACAAAUCAAUAGUGGCAGGAAAGGUUUACAGACCAGUGGUCCUGGUUGCCAAACGCUACGUUUGAAAGCUCUCAAAGAUACAGGUACUGACAAGGUUCACGAUGACCGCUCCGUAAAUGAAGCCAUGAUGCAGUUUCCUCAGAAAUGGAUGCGUAGCGAUCUGAUGGAAAGCAGAAAUUUCGUGAUUAGAUGCGCCUCUUGCUGCUCUUCUUUGAUCACCGAUGAUGAUUGCAGUAGAAUUAGCGAUUUACCAUCCGAGUUUUGGGCAGAGUUGAUGGAUUACUGGCACUGUCACAAGCCGACCAUCACCGAUAAAGCAGAAGUUGACCGCUACUCAAAACUGCAACCGCUGUCGGAUGAACUACUGGUAGGAGUAUCACUGUUCCAGGUAGCGAAAAGCUGGAGUACCAAGAAGCUAAAAUUUGAAAAUUCGGUCACACGGUGUGCCAAAUGCAAUUGUGCUUUGGGCCUAAUAUCGCAAGAUCCAAAUCUGUACAACAUCAAUAAAUGGAAAGUACAAUUAGUGAAAAAUGGCAAAUCUGAUGACUACCCAGCUGAGCUACAUAUCGUGUCGACUCUGCUCAACAGUUUGAAUUCCAAUGGAACCCGUAUAAUAAAUUUGAAAAGUCCUAGCGGCGAUUGUCAUCUGUUGGUUUGGAUUUUCGCAGUGGGUGUGAACGUCGCCAUCGACAGUGAUUGGGUCAUGACCAAUUGCAUUAAGAUAUAUUACCAGACGGGAUCUCAAUCCGAGCACCCGUCUGCGGGCCCAAAUCAGAAUCUGGAUCAGGUAUCAGUGGACAAAGCGGUCCUCGAUUUGUUAAUUGAGAAGCUUGAAUCCAUCAACAGAAAACUACCCUGUGCUGCGCAGGUAAUGAACUCUUGGAAGCUGGGUUAUCUGAGUGCAGCGUAA